AAUGUUAACAAUCUAUUUUUCAGAUAUUUUUCGUAAAAAAUCGAACAACACAAUGAAAUUUCUGUUCUCUCUUGUUUCUGUUCUCUUGUUCGCGAAUGGAAUCUGCAUUAUUACGUCACAAGCAUUCGACACGCAGAAAUGUCAUCCAUGCACAGCAGAAGAUUUGAAUUCGUGCCCAGUAUUAGAGGAAAGUGCAACAUGCGAACUAGUGGUGGAACCCAACUGCGGGUGCUGCAUGAUGUGCGCUAAGUUAGAAGGACAGAGCUGUGGUGUAGCAGAGGGAUAUUGUGCGGACGGUCUACUUUGUGGACCAGCUGAUUUUGAUAAUUAUGACGCAUAUGGUUAUCUUCAAAACUUCGUCUGCAUGACAGAAGCCGCCUUUGAUCGCGUUUACGAUGCAGUUGUCAAUAACCCAUUGAUACCUGAAUCUCCCACCCAGGGCGAAGAAGACAGCAUACAUGUGUCGACCCCGCCCCCUGCACCAGAAAGCACGACGAUUCCUGAUGAACCCCAAGACGAGGGUCCUUGCCAGAGACAUUGGGAUAUGGUAAUAUCAAAGACAUUUUUUGACCGACACGAAUGGGUGCCAGAGUGUACACUCCAUGGUUACUACAGCCCACUGCAGUGUGAAGUAGCCUUCGGGUUGGUGAGAGGACGUUGCUGGUGCGUAGAUCGACUCGGUAACGCUGUGUCAGAUUAUAUGGCGGAUGAUGCAAUGGCCAGAUGCUGACAUUUACAACUUAUACAUCCCUGGGCAAUGGAAACUCCAUGAAAUGGCCGGAUGCGCGUGUCGCCAUUUCAAGCCAAUUCUUCACUUGUGAAACUACAACGCUUUAAAUACUCGUGCCCGACACAUAUAGCAGGCAGUGAUUAAGGCGUCAAUGACGUGGUUGCUUUUAUAUUUGGCCUGGUCCCGCUAAGCAGUAACCUAUCCUGUUCGCGCUACUCGACAGUACAACGAUGUCAACGACCCGGGCUUAAAAUAAAUACAGCCGUAGGUGAAAUGGCCAUAGUUACAUAAUGGCGUCCAUUUUCGUGAAAAUUUUAUUUUUGGAAAAUUUGUUACGUUUGUUGGAACAUAGCCGCACUUUAUUAUUUAUUUAUUUAUUAUUUAUUUUUACUUUUCAGUCUCUUUUUACCUAUUUGAACAAUGUUUUGCAAAGUGAAUGUAAAUUAAAAUUGUUGUAGUGUUAUUUAUUAUGUUGUCAUAAUAAAAACGAGAAGAA